AUGGCCGACAGACAGAGGAACGGCAGCAGUAAGAUCUCUUCUUCUUCUUCUUCUUCCGGCACCGGCCAGCCGAGCCGGCUCCAGCGGCGGAGGCCGGCGUCGUUGCAGAUCAGCCCGGCGUCUUCCUCCUUCUGGAGCGCAGCCAUCCCUCUCCUCUCCCCGCUCGACACCUCCCCGACCGCCGUGGAUCGGAAGUUCGAGAUGUCGGCGAAUCAGCAGCAGAGUCAGAUUCAGAACCAGCAGAGAGGCGGCGGCGGGGAGGCGGAGAAGGCAGCCGUGUUCAAGAAAUGGCAGCACCCGGCGGCGCCCUUCUGUUACGAGGCGGCCAAGUUGAAGCCGUCGUUCUUCGUCCCUGUAUAG